CUAUUUUAUUUUAGUAUUUGUGUUCUGUGGGUGUUUUCUUUUAAAGGAAUUGUUCCGACCAUACCCCAACACUUACAAUAUUGUAAUAAUUUAGUUAAAGUUAUUUUACAUCUCAAACACUUUUAAGUUUUCACCGUCAUGUCCGAGAAGCAUUUACAAACCGGUGAUGUACUGCCUCCCUAUAGUGGCAAAUUACGACUUUUUGCGAUGCGGUUCUGCCCUUACGCCGAGAGAAGUGUGCUUGUGUUGAAUGCAAAGAAAUUGGACUAUGAUUUAGUCUUUAUCAAUUUAGACCAUAAACCAGAAUGGAUUUUCCAAUUUAGCCCCAAAGGUACUGUUCCUGCUCUAGAGUAUGAACAAGGAAAGGCAAUUUUUGAUAGCAACAUUAUAAAUGUUUAUUUGGAUGAGAAAUAUCCUGAUGCACCUCUUCAGGCUACUGAUCCACUGAGGAGAGCUGAAGAUAAAAUGCUUGUUGAAAAUUUCAGCGGUGCCCAAUCUGCAUACUAUACAGCUGCAUUCAAUGCUCAAGCACUGCAACCUAACAUGGUUGAAAAUUAUCACAAGGGUUUGGAAGGUUUACAAAAAGAAAUGGAAAGCCGUGGUACUAAAUUCCUCCAUGGGGAUGAAGCUGGCUUGGUUGAUUUUACCAUUUGGCCAUUUUUGGAAAGAUUCCUUGCAUUACCUCUUUUGGGUAAAACUGAAUUUGCUAUUGACUCAGCUAAAUAUGGUUUGUUGACAACAUAUAUUGAAGCAAUGAAGACGGUGCCAGCUGUGAAGGCAUAUUAUUUAGCAGCAGAGACACAUGCCAAAUUCACUGAGUCCCGUGCUAAGGGAGACCCUAACUAUAAUAUGCUGGACACCAGUGCUGUAUGCUGUAUGCGCCCAAGAAAGAAGAAAGAAUAGGAGACAUAUUAUAAAUUCUGAUGAUGUCACAACAUUGAAAAUUCUUUACUUGAUUUACUUAUAUAUUAUUAUUUUGCAAUAUUGCAUGGAAAGAAGCAAUAAUAUUUUUUAUAAAACAAUGCUCAAAGAUAAACUAAAAAUGUCAAGACAUUUCAAGAUUUCAAAUUUGUAUUUUUUUUAUAUUUACAACAUCUUAAAGCUGUAAUAAUUCUGGUCAACACAAAUUAUCUUUAUAAAAUCUGCCAUAUAUUUACUUAGUAAAAGAUACAUCCUCAUCAAAAAGUAAAAUAAUUACAUUACCAUAGAGGUACUUAUUAUCCAAAAACUUGUCUGUGUGGCAGUUAUAUACCAUUAUUUAUUGUUUUUAUUAUUGUAUUUCAUUGGAAAUGUUGUUUAAUUUCAUUUAUUUACAAUAAAUAACAAAGUACGUACUAAAACGUAAAUGUUGGUGCAUAAUAAAAAGUAAAACAUU